CCACAUGCAAGUCAUCAAAUCUUUAGCGCCGUGCCAGCACAAGAUGGAAUGUAAGGAAGUAAAGAUCGUGCGUGCUCGAAGAGGACAUCUCCUGCACAUGAAAGCGUGGGCUGUCUACCUUUGCCUCACAGCAGGACAUCGCGUGGCUGCAACUGAAGCUUUCGCCGACUACGCGUACUGCUCCAAGCAUGUCGAGCAAAAUGUAAUUGCGCCGCUCGACAAUCCCGACCAGUACACCCUCCAGCAAGUCCAAAUCGUCAUGCGUCAUGGAGCUCGUACGUUGGCGGCUCGCUCGUCAUGCUGGACAGGAUACAACGUCACGUGGUCGUGUAACGCCAAAAUGCGAGUGAGUCCUCAGCUAGACGGCGACAGCAACCCCCAUCACGUAUACGAGAUGCGAUACAUGGAAGGCGAAACGGAGCUCAAGGGCAACUGCCACGUGGGCCAAUUGCUGGACGAAGGAUACGCACAGGAAUUCCAGAACGGACGUACAUUUCGCACGGCCUACAUCGAUGCAGGCGCUCUGUUCCCCGCCUCGAACCCCGCGGAUCUCUCGAAUCCUGACGACAUCUUCUUGAGCAGCACCGACAUGCAUCGAACGGUCAUGUCUGGCCAGCUUGUGGUGGAUGCCAUGUUCCCGCCGCCAUCGUCCUCCGCGGUUGUGCCGUGGCACGUGGGCGACAUCGCGCUGUCGUCGUACGUGCCGAACCCGACGGCAUGUCCGAAAUUGGUCGAAAUCAAAGCGCAGUUUGAGGCCAGUCCUGGCUACGUCGCGUGGAUGGCCAACCAGUCGGCCGUGGUGGACUUGACUAGAGCGACGUUUCAAUCCUACGACGCGCGCAUGCUAUUUGAUUGCCUCGUCACCUCGCGAUGCAGCCAGCCCCAGAGUCUUCCGCACUUGCUGUCGUCAUCGCACUACGACCAGAUCGUCACGUACGAACGCGACAAGCGCAUGAAGAUCUACGUCGACUCGGACGCAGUGUACGCCAAAGCCAGCAUUGCCAAGGUGAUGCUCGCGAUUCGGAAUCGCAUGCUGCUGCGGGUGCGUGGUGGCGCCAAUACUAGUCGGUUUGCUUUGUAUUCAGGUACGAGUUAGUUGCUGUGGUUGGUCCGAUAGGUGGUGAACAACUUGAAGUAGGCCACGACGACACGGUGAUGCCUCUGCUCGCGGCCUUGGGGGGCAGCCAAUGGCUGCAAGAUUGGCCUCCGUACGCUGCGUACCUGUCGUUUGAGUUGUAUGAAAACAACUCGGGAUCCCAUUUCGUUCGGUUCGUGUACCAAGGACAACCGUUGACCGUACCUGGAUGCCAAGGUCCAACGUUGACUAUUGCUUCUUUGCACCAUAUAACACGAUUGAAUUGUCUUGUUGCAGACGACAAGUUGUGCCCCCUGGACGUGUUCACGAACAUGACUGCGUUCGCGACAGACAAAGCCAUCUGCGCGGCGUCGUUGAAAGUGGCGGUAAAACCUGUCCAAUCCGAAUCGUUCGACGUCGGCAAUGACGAGGACGUGGACACCCAAGUGAGUUUCAAAGCGCUCGUGCUGUUUGUGUUUGUGGGGCUGCUCUUGGGCGUCGUGUUUGGGCUCAUCAUGGCCCAGACGCUGGCCAAGAAUGGUCAGCCAAAGCACACUUCGAUUGACAAGGGCCCGGCCAAGAGCACGUUUGUGACGAUUCAAUCGCCAGGCAACCAACGCGACGACGACUGCCAGAACGAAGAUGACACACUGCUGCUCUGUCAAAGCCCCAAACACAAACGAUAAUAAAUGAAAGUCCUUUAGGGUGUUUUGCAAUUAUAAUAUACACUGGGGUGGCCUUAAUCUACAUGGCUGCGUAGUCCAUUUCGCUGUCGAGGAGCGACUGCAUGAGCUGGUUGUCGUGUUCUUUGGCCACAUUUCGACGGUGUUGACGGUAUACGACGUAGCCGAUGAUGCCGAGCAUGGCUACGCCAGCCACGAAUAUGACCCCAGAACCGAUGCUCAACGAUUGUGUUUCUUCUGCCUCAGCUGCCACCUGCAGGGACGUGUCCUCGGUUGUUUCGGCCAAGGCUUCUGAUGUCACCUGGGGUACUUGGACGACAUUGCCAACAUCAUCAAGAGCAAGCGCAGAGGUUUGCAAGCACAACAGGAGGACGACAACGAAGGUCAACGCCGGAUGCUGCACCUUCAUGUCGACGACACAAAGCGUUGUCAGUGCCGACACCGACGAAACUGCGUCGUUCGAAGAUAUAAU